CCGAGUGGCCCCGCGGAGCCGGCGCGCUCCCGCCUGCAGGGGGAGGGCGGACGGGGCGCCGGGACCGGCCACGCCGCGGCGGGCCCUGUUUCUCUUUCACUUUCCUUCCCUCUGAGGCCGGCGCGUUGGCGGGCGCGGAGCGACGGCAGCGGCGGCCGCGGGUUAUCGUGGAAGAAGAUAUGGGAAAGCAGAACCACCAAAAAGAGUGAUGACCAGCGAUCUCAUAAGAAGUCUGGAUGUUGGUUCUCAUGCCUUGGGACAUCCAGUUGGGAACUCCACACCAGUUCCUGGGAUUAGACUUUCAUCCACUUAAUAACCCUCUUUGCCUGAACUGCUAGAGCCCGUCCUACCUAACCACGAAUGGCUACCCAAAGGAAACACUUGGUAAAAGAUUUCAAUCCAUACAUCACCUGCUAUAUCUGUAAAGGGUAUCUGAUCAAGCCAACUACAGUGACGGAAUGCCUCCAUACCUUCUGUAAGACUUGUAUUGUCCAGCACUUUGAAGAUAGCAAUGAUUGUCCAAGGUGUGGCAACCAGGUUCAUGAGACAAACCCAUUAGAAAUGUUGAGGUUGGAUAAUACAUUAGAGGAAAUUAUAUUUAAGUUGGUCCCUGGACUACGAGAACAAGAACUUGAGCGUGAAUCUGAAUUUUGGAAGAAGAAUAAGCCUCAAGAAAAUGGAGAAGAUGAUACUUCAAAAGUUGACAAACCUAAAGUAGAUGAAGAAGGUGAUGAAAAUCAAGAUGAUAAAGACUAUCACAGAAGUGACCCACAGAUUGCUAUAUGUCUAGAUUGUUUAAGAAAUAAUGGACAAUCGGGGGACAAUGUAGUAAAGGGUUUAAUGAAGAAAUUCAUUCGGUGUUCUACACGUGUAACUGUGGGAACUAUUAAAAAAUUUCUAAGCUUAAAACUAAAACUUCCAAGUUCUUAUGAGUUGGAUGUGCUGUGCAAUGGUGAAAUUAUGGGGAAGGAUCAUACUAUGGAGUUCAUCUACAUGACCAGAUGGCGACUAAGAGGCGAAAACUUUCGGUGUCUGAACUGCUCAGCUUCGCAAGUCUGCCCUCAGGAUGGCCCUUUGUAUCAGUCAUACCCCAUGGUAUUGCAGUAUCGACCAAGAAUUGAUUUCGGUUAGACCAAGGGGCCUAGAUCCCACUGACUGAAUCCUGCACUAAGUGUUUACACAUCGGCAGAUUGCACAGUGAACCGUGUGUGGACUAGAGGGACACAGCCAGGUUUUCAGCAUGCGAAUAAGGCCAUCGUCUGUCUCUAAACUAUCAGUUGCAUUUAUGUUGUUUCUAUUAAGAGCAAACCAAGUGCCAUUCUGCUCCUGAUCCGUCUGCAUAAGGUAUUUGUGCUGUCUCACAGUGUCCAGUACAAGUUGUGGCUGAAAUCGGUUAGCUGUGCAGCCACAAUCCAGCCUUCUCAGUACUUUGCUUGCCUGUUCCAAGAUUGUUCUAAUGUUUGAUUACACUAGUAAUAUGGCUCAAUCUUCGUGGUGUUGCAGUUUUCACAUACUUACUAUUUUAUUCUUGUUUAAAUAGAGUACUGUACAAGAAACUAAUAAUUAUAUCUUGAAAUUAUUUCAUAUGGGAAAUACAUUUAGAAAAGUGAUUUCUGGAGCCACUGUCCUAUUCUCGGUAAGCUUUCUGUGUGCAAAAUAGUUCACUCUUGAGUGUACAAGUCCUUUUGGAAAGAAUUCCUACGGGUUUGUUUUUUUUUUUCAAACCUUAGAGCACAUCAUAACUGUAGGCAUUUUAAGUCAUCCGUCCGUGUAGUCUACCAGUUGCACAAGGAAGUCCUGUUCACCCUCAAGAUUGAAAACGUAUGUGACUUCUUGGAGAGCAAAAGUUGAGAUUCACAACCAUUUAAAGUGUUGGCAGCUGAUCACAUUUACUUCUAACAAAAUUAAUGUGUGAGUAAGGUGCAUCCUUGAUAAUGUCUUCAGGCGGGUGGGUGCUGCUUCACGACCGUCAUUACCUUCACGUAGCCCACUUUAUGUAUGCACCAUUAUAUUCUGGCUCUUAUGUACUGAGUACACUGUUUCUCUUUAUCAGCUGGCCUUAGGUGUGUGUCAUUGUGGCAUGUGGAAGGUUCUGAGGAUUUUAAGUAUUAGGAUUUUUAGAGCAGAUAACAUUAGCUGUUUUACGGAUUUCAGAAAUCUCAAAGCAAUUGUAGAUUAAAACUGUUAGUAACCUGUCACAUUUCCAAACCUUCUGCAUAAAGUAGAUCAAAUGCAAUGUCGUAGAUAAAUAUGCUAACCAAAAUUAAUGGUUUGAGGAUAUUUCAUUUUAGAUCCUGUAGUAAUUGGGGAAGUGGGAUUAUUGUUUUAUAUGUAAGUUCUUUAAGGUCAGAGCUGUGAUAAUGUCCUUGAUUUUACAGUUUUGUUAAGUCUUCCAUUCAUUUUGAGAUGAGUCCGCAAGUCAAAAAAAGCCUUGUUACCUUAAAUUAUAUGAAGAACUUCAUUUUAACCCUUUUAAAUGUACAACUGUUCUCAUUAACUUCUUUGGAAAUUAAGUUUUAUUAAUUGCUUUGAAACAAAGGUAACCUCUGAAACUUAGGAAAUAAUCUUGAAAGUUAGGAAAAAUAUUUGUUUUAGAAAUCAGACAUGAGCACAAUCUGUGUGUUACACACAUAGUUUUUAUACUAUAUACAUAAGUAGUGUGCUACAUUUUCUGGUAAAAUGUAUCACAAGUUAAUGCCUUCUGAAUCUCAGAAUGCUUCUUAGAAAUCAAACUGCACGACUCUAAGAAACACGUACAAAAUACAGCUAAAUCUCAAUGCAUUUCACAAUAUAAAAGGCUGAAACCUCUUAUCUCUCUUUUCCAUAUACCUUCGUUUCAAGUCAAAAAGUCUAAGUUUUCUGUUGUUUCUGGUCUGACUUUUGUGAAAAAAGUUAUGGCAAUACUUUAAAAAUUUCAUUUUGUUAGACUGUGUUUGUGCUUGCAAGGGCUCACAAACAGAAUUUAAAAGGCAGAUUUUCAUUAACACUUAAACAGUGGUCGAAACAGACCAUUACAGUAAACCAAAACCUGAAUUUACUCUCUAGCAACAAAAAUUAUUUCACUAUGCUGUGAAAUCCAAUUCCCUGACAUCCCUAAGAAAUUUUUACGUUUAUUACAAAUUUGUCACGUCUAGGUCAGUGAUUGCAUGUGGAAGUGAUCUUUAAUUAACUCAAAAUGAAUUGAGAGUGCAUUUUAAAAAUCCACAAAUGAGACCUGGAUGUUUUUAGGUCCCCAGCCAAAACUUUCAGCCUUAAAUGAGUUUUAUAUACACAAUCUCUUUAAAUUUGGCCUGCUGCCUCAUCUUAUGUAAUGUCACUAUUUUCCAAGGAAAAAUAUGGGAAGCAAUUAUGGACUUGAGGAUAGUUUUAUAUAAAAUUCCUUUAAUGUUAAAAUAUUGACAUUUUUAUUGAAAUACAAUGGAAUAUGUGCCAAAAUAUGUGAAAACCUUGCACAAAGAAGGGUGUCAUAUGGGGAAAGGUACAGAUUUAUAAUGGUCCUGAGUAAUGUGGUAUUACUAUUAGAACUAGAGACUUUUUCAGCCCAUGUCUUUUGGUAUAUUCGACUAUGGUUUUCUCAGUAUGGGACUACUAUCAAUGUCUAGGAAUACAGUAAUCCUUAGUUAAUUACCCCCUAAGUCAGGUUGUGGAAUAUGCACGAAACCAGGUAUAGAAAAAAUAUACAGGCAAAAAUAUAUAGGUGGUUAGUUUUACAAAGUUAGGGUGUUAUACAAAUAACCUAUAGAAUAGCCAUCUGAAUCUGCAAAAUUGGAGAAUAAAAUUAAAAUAAGUUUUUCUUUAAUCUCUUGUUUCUUGAGCAACAAACUGAAAAAACUUUACUUCCAUAAAAGAUUUUGUAAUCUGAUUUCUCUGCUUGUAGAUAUCAUAGACGUACAAGGUUCAAGGAACCUUGAAUCUAAAGAAGGCCUGUGGUUUAUAGACAUCACUUUAAGUGAAGCAAUCACGUUAGUUAAUUUAAAAAAUCUAAAUAUGGCCCUUUCUCUAGAUUAACAAAAUACUUUUCAGAAGUAUUCAAAAAAAUAAACUCUAAGGCUCAUUGAUGUGGCAAUAUGAGGUCAUUCAGUCUGGGGUUCAGGUACCUUAGAUAAUGUCUUAACUACUUUUAGAAAAGUAUGUUAUCCCUUUAUUCAUUAAAAAUCUGUCCCAUACUAAUAUGCCACAUUUUCUAAGUGUAAUGAGUUUGCUCAACUAUAUUUUACACUUAAACGUAACCUAAAUUAAAAGAUUCUUUAAGGGAAAAAAAGUGUGUUAUAUAAUAUUGUGAACUGUUUAGCUUUAUUGAACUAUUUAAGAGAAAGUGCCUCAUUGCUAAAGUGCAUUUCUGUUUUAGAUUUACUGCAUAAAUUAUGAGUUUUCUGUCCCUGUCUCUUAUCAACUGUUUUGUAUCUAAAUAGGCUCUUGUAAGUUAAUCUCUUUUUGAAAGAUUUUUCAAAAGAAAAUAGUUAUCACCAAAGACAUUUUACUGUUAAUAACCAUGUUAGGGAAGAGAGUUUUAACUGCUUGGAGGUUGGAAAUUUUUAGAUUGCAAUUUACUUUUAUAUAAUUAGGCAAUAACCUUGAGUAAUUGCUAAAAUAUCACCAAAGAAAGGCUUUAAACUGAAUUUUCGUGGUAAGAUCAAUCAAAUGAAGGUUUUUCUUGCAAUAUUCAGAGCUUACUUCCUUUCAGUUAUGUUUUUCGUUUUUUCCAGCACCAUCUGACAGGUCUUAGGAAAUCCUCAAAGUUGGGGUUAACACAACAAAUAGCCUCUCUCUGGAUGAAAAGUGGGAGAAACACAUACUUUGAAAAGAAAAUUGAAAAUAAGAUUUUAAAUUCUACUUUAAGCAGCUUUUUAUUUUAGGGAGGUGAUAUAAACUAAAUUUAUGCUUAUUUAGUUCCUAGGUUGUUGGUAAUACGAGAAAGUUUAUUAAAGACAGGCUUUUUGGUCAAAAUGCUGACAUGCUCACUUUUAUAGAAAAUAGUACAUUCUGUUGGACUCAUGAGAAAAUGCUUUUGCUGUAUUCACAAGCAAAAAUUUUCCUAAAGACCUGUUUUGUUUUGUUUUGUUUUUAAGUAACUCUUUGUCUUGUUCUUCAGCAAUUACUUUGUUAUUAGUAUUUAGCCAUAUAGCCAAAUUGGGCCAGAUGGGCCCCAGAUGAAGAGCAUACACAUCAGGUCACACCAUUCUUUCGGGGAGCCCAAGCUGGGGGGCCACCUUGAGUAAAGCUCACAUUAUGGAGUCUUUCUGAUAGGCCACUAGGCAGACCUCCUCGGUUAGGGUAAAAAUGGAUGCUCGCCAUUGCGUACUCUCAUUUAUCAUAAGGAGUUGUCUGGCAGGCUAUAUGUUUAAUUACCAGUGAGAUGUAGAUGUUGGUUGUGGGAAUUUCAAAAAUGAGUGAGUUUGCCAUAACUUAAAUUCUCUGGGUUACAAACACAAGAACGUGAAAUGCUAUUAGUUUAAAAUAUAUAACCCUGCAAUAAGAAACAUAACAUGUCUGCCAGAUCUGGUUUAUGAAAAAUUGAAAAAUAUUAAAUAUGCUACAGACUCAAACCCUUUGAAAGCACAAAAUAACCACCCAGUUCUGGAUUUACUUGAUAUUCCUAGUUCAGUAGUAUUUUGUUGAAAAAAGUUCAAAUUGAAAGUUCAUUAAAAUGUACUUAAAUAUACAUUACAGGGCUUUCAUCUUUUUUUUCUCAAAGCAGUGGCAUUUUCCCAUAAUUUAAAAGUGAUUCUCUCCCUAGUGUAAUGUAGUUUUCACAAGUAGCAUGUUUAUUUGCUAUCCUUACUAUAUUUUCAAAUAGAAUUAAAAUGCUUGAGCACUUCCUUUUCAGAAAGUUAUGAAAUUAAAAAUAUUUUCAAUGGUCAUUAAAAUGUGUCUGUAUACUUGUUAUGCCCCUUUUUCUAGGACUCAAAACUUGAGACAUUGUUCAGAAAUGCUUAUUAAUUUUAAUCAUCUUUAAAUCUAGAACCAAAUCAAACAUUAAAUCCUGGGUCCAGUUUUUUUCCAUCUUUCAGAACUUCAUGGAAUAAGAAAAUCAUCUAGUACAAAUUGAACAUGAAAUGUUUUUAGGCAAGGUAGAGAUAGUAAGUACAUUACUUAUCCAUGGACUUCACGCCAGUCCAUCAGAGCAGGAGUUCUACACAUUAGAAAUGGAAUGGGAUCAGCCUAACAGCCUUUGGGGUUGGUUUUCCUUUGCUGUAUUCUUUGAAUGGGGAUGGGGGCCCAAGUGUCCUUAUGAAGCUGUGGUAAACGACAAGAGCUUGUGGGGGAGCAGCAGUGCUCUGCUGCAUUCCUGCAUCUGGCAACACAACAGCAAACAUGUUUUUACUAGAGUAGCCCUCACAUUAAAUAAAACCAUCACAGACUAUAUUGUAUAGUUACGUUGCUAAUUUUCCUUUGAAAUAUAAAAUAUUUUAAGCUUUUUUUUUUUUUUUGUCAAAAGUAACAUCUUAAUACAAAUAAAAACCUUUUUGUGGUUGUAAGAUUUAGCUUAUAAAUCAUUCAAAUUGAAGUGAAAGAUUACCAGGUCAUUGUUAAUGACUUAGUCUAUUAAGAAUAUAUGUAUUUUUGUAAAGGAGAAGCACUUGUAGAUAUUUAAUCAGUACUAUAUGUCUGUUUUGCAGAAAUAAAAUGCUGCUUAGAGAUUCUCUUUAAAUACUUUUUAUUUUUGUGCUCAAAUGUAUUUUCUGUUUAUCUAUGGAGUGUUCUGUACAAAGCUGUAUGACUGUACUGUUGGGCUAGAUACCUUUGUUUUUUAAAAUCUGGUCUUAGCCAAGUAUAUUUGACCAUGUUAAAAAUAGUAUCUUUGUUAUUAAAAAAUUCAAUUGCA